AUGGACCUGGCCAGUGGAAAUACCUCCAGUGAAACUGCCCAUGCUUUCCAGCCCAAACGCCCUGCGCUGUCCUGGGGUGUGAAAAUCAGGAGGAAGUUGAAAAGUGUGGCUCCUUUCAUGGGCAGGUUCAGACCGCUGGUUGGACAGUGCUGUCACCAAUGCACCCCAGAGAGUCUGGGUCUGAAGUUGCUGCGAAACACUCCUCCGCUAGGCUUUCAGAAUUUGACGUGUGUGAACGAGAGACACACCAGGUACCGUGGCUGGUUAGUAAGGAGGGUUUGCUGUGUGCUGUUUGUAUGGGGUCGUGAAGUUCAGCCCAGCCCUGCUGGGGAGAGACUGCACAGAGUUCACAACAGUGAGAGAGUGAGGCAGGCUCUUAUGACGGCAUGUUCCCCAGAUGAAGCCAAAGCAACGGAACCGGUGAUGCCUGUGGUCAGACGUCAUUUUGGCAGACUGCUGGCCCUCACUGAAACCUUCAUCUCUCCCACCCUAGUCCGGCUGGUGAGCUGGGUAUUGCUGAAGUUCUUGAGUUUAAUGUUCUGUAGUGUGCAGGUUAACCUCAAUCAGCUGGCAGCUUUACACCGUGCCACACGACUGAAAGCUCCGCUGGUCUACGUGUGUGUUCGGCAGAGCGCCGUUGAUCAUGCUUUGAUUUGUCUGACUCUGUUCUGCCACAACUUGAGGGUUCCUUAUACUCUCUACCCAUCUAAGGUCCGACAAACCUGGCUAAGGGUAAUUCUUCAGAGGCUGGGUGUCAUCUUGCUUCCAGAAGAUAUGGGCUCAGAGCAGGAAGCUGAGAUGGACAGUCUCUAUUCUCCAGUCAUGACCUCUUUCAUUGGUGAGCUGUUACGAGAGGGUGCUUGUCUCAGCGUGGGCAUCUCCAUGUACAAAGGUGACGGCGGGCAAUGGCUGGCACGUGUACGUCAGGCCAUCACUGAUGGUCAAGUGCCUGAUGUUAGCAUCGUACCAGUGGGCAUAUCUUAUGAUUGCCUGCCACAGCACUUUAUACAUCCACAGGCUGGCAUGAUGUCUGCUCUGUGGUUUGUGGUCGCCCUGCUAAAGGGUGAUCACAGAGGAAGUGUUAGGAUCCAUUUCUCACAAGCCUUCUCUCUAAAGGAGAUGUGUGAGAGUGGAAAAUGUCGUGUGGAUGGAGGGCGCCCCCUACAGGACCUGCUGUUGUCUGCCAUACUGCACGGCAGGAUGGACUCCAUCUUUGGCCAGAAGGAUGUUUCCUGGCUCCUCCCACCUGCAGUCAUGCCUGAAAUGCCCCCUGCGGAGAGACAGCAGACCAUUGCACUUACACUUCAUUUGAUGUACUCCUCAACUAGCAAUAUGGCCGUCAUGUCUACCAGUCUGGUGUCCUGUCUGCUGCUUCACAAACAUCGCAAGGGUGUGCGUGUGUCUGUGUUGUGCAGGGACAUCUGUUGGCUUUUGGAGGAGGUGUUGUUCAGAAACACUGAUGUGGGUUUCGGUGGUUCUCUGGUCGGACUGGUGCAUCACACGCUCGCUCUGCUCUGCCCACAUCUGCUCCUGGCUGCAGCUCCACCCACUAGAGAACCUGUUAUUGCACCGCGGCCAGACUGGAACUCUCUGGUUACACUGAGCCAACAUUGCAAUCUGCUCACUCAUGUCUUCAUACACGAGGCUGUGGGAGCGUGUGCCAUCUCUGCCAUGCUGAGUGAGGUUGUAGGUUGUGGAGGGGGUGGAGACCUGGAGUUUGAUGUUGUUCUGGGACAGGAGGAACUGACGGAAAAAUGUCUCCAACUCACACAUUUAUUGUCAGCUGGAUACAUACCACCAUGUCAGACAGCUCAUAGCUUUGCUCUUGAUGUUGUGGAUAGUAUGGUGCGCUGUGGGGUUCUCAUUAUGGAGGAGGUUCAAAGAGAUACACCAGUGUGUGACUUCAUGAAGAGGCAAGGUGUGUUAUCAUGGGCUACUUCAGACAACCCUGACCAGAGCAGCGAUUCAGACUGUGAGGAAACAGAUAUGCGCUCUUUUAAGUUGAGUCAGCCAUCUCAGUGCCCAGAACUGCUGUUAUUUCUCUGUAGUUUACUGAGUGUCCAGCUGAGAGCUCUGUGCUGGGCUUUUGAAAGCCUUCAUUACCUCCCCUUACCUAUCACAGAGACAGACUGCGUGAGUCAACUUCAUGCACACUUGAAGAACCGAGCUACGCUGGACAAAGUGCACCACGAGAGCUCAUCUAUUGACUUGGUGAGAAUGGCGCUUCGUACUUUCAUUGAUCUCGGGGUGUUGACUGAGGACAGGCAGAGAGAAGCUGUGUAUCUAGACAUCAGUCCGCUUUUUUCUCAGGGUGGGAACAAAGAGAAACUGUUGCAGUUUUUUUCACAGUUCAUGUAUAACUGAAAGAGAAAAGUAAAACGAGCGGAGAGAGAAGUCGAUCUCAGCUGGGAAUGAUAACAGCACAACCAGAGGCACUUCUCAACUUGUUCUGUUCUUAAGUGUUAUAUAAAUCAUUCAUUUACCAUAAUUUUGAAUACUUUUGUGUUUAUACUUUGUCUAAUACACUUGGUUUCUGCAGUGAUGUUAAGGUUGCUUUUUUGAAGUUAAUUGUUCUUAAUAGCCCAGAUUUGGUUGAAUAAUGACUAUUUGAAAAAUAAUAUGUUGGAUAAUGUUCUGUUUUAAAGAAGAGCAUAUAAAAUGAGCAGGAUUUGUGUUAGGUCAAAAAAAGAUGUUCUUUAGUUUUAUUGAAAUAGUUGUUUUAUUAGAACUGCUUUUUGUUGAACUGAAAUGUAUACAGUAUGUAAUUGGCUCAGUACAGUACACAUGUUUCUGAUAAUCGACCUGGUUGCAAUGUUUCUGUCAUGGUUUGAUUUAUAGAUUAUGCAGUGGUGAAAAUGAGUCCUCAUAUGCACAGUAAACAGUGUGUAUUUUCUUCAUAUAAUUUCUUUCUAUCUAUGCAUGUUUCUGCUUCCUCAAGCACAAAUAUGCUCACACAAAUACUAUUCAUUUAAACACUUUAAAGCAAUAGUUCACCCAAAAAUGACAUUUACUCACCCUUAUAUUGUUCCAAACUUGUAUGACCUUUCUUCCUUCCUUAUAGGGUAUGGCAUUUUCAUUUUUAGGUGAACUGUCUCUUUAACUUCUAUUCCAGCAGGUCUGAAGCUGUAAAUUUUAUUUAAGAAUAAUUUUAGGUGGUUUCGUGUAUAUUAAAUUAACUAUUGAUGAGUAAUAAUUAUGAUGGAUGCUACGGAGACACAGGCAGUGUGAGGGGCGACUGAACUGUUAUUCACCGAAAAUGACUUCAGCUCUACAUAUACCCGGCCCUUGACAAUCUCAUAUAUAAACAACCGUCCUUGCAUCAUGAUAACAGUUCUACAUGUACAUUUACACAGGAAGAUCAUUUUAAUACUGAGUAACACAACUGAGGGGCCAUGGACAUCUGACAUCUGAAACAAAAAGGCUAACAGACGGCUGGUGUCUGUAGCACAGAAGUGCUGAAUAAGCUCUAAAAAGAAUCGACCCAUAGACUCGCCACACACACAGCUAUCAAUAACUUGGAGAGUGCAGAGAUCCCUUUAGAUCAAAGUGAAGGGGCAAGAGCAGGACCGAGGGAUGGGGGAAGAAUAGGUGAUUAACAAAAGACAAGAUGAGUUAGUACUAUUA